GACAACUCUAGUUAUCAUGAGGAAGAAGAGGAGGAUAUCAACUUUUGGAGACGAAUUUUAGUAAAGUUUAGGCUUAAAAAAUGUAAUUUGCAAUGAACCAAGAGCUGUAAAUAGGGCAAUGCAACGAGAAAGCGACCAACGCGCAAUUCGCAUGUGAGUGGUGAGCGCGGGAAAAAACGCGCAUCGCGGGCGGCAGCAGCAGUAGCAGCAGCAACAACAACACAACAGACCGUCCCGUCCGUCGUCAGACGUCGAAUAAGAUAUAUCGUAUCCAAUUGCAAGUUGCAAUUCGAUGAACAAUUCAAGCGCGUUAACAUUGGCCCGAAGAAUAAGUGAAAGUGAACUGGGAUUGGCAUAACAAUAAUAUGGAACAGGUCGACUCCUCCACUGAGCUGCACCUGAACAGGAAAGAUCUGGCCGCGCUGGCCGAUGAUGUUGUGAAAGAAGAGGUGAUAUUAGAAAGCCCGGGCCAUCACCAUCAUCAUCAUCACCAUCAGUUGGACACCAAGGUUCGCAUGGUCACAUCCUCCUCCAACGACAACAGCGGCAGCGGCGGCGCCAGCGGCGGUACGAGCGGAGCGGGCGGAGGCGGUGUGGUUUCGGUGCCCGUAUCCCUGCCCAUCGGAUCGAUGAUAACCGGCACCACCUUCAAUGUGAUCACGCCCGACCAGCUGCCCCACUUCAAGCCGAUGCUGUGCGUCGACAACAAUGGCUACCUGUCCGGCGGCACGGUCAGCAUGGGCAACGACCUCAAAACGAUCGUCAUCCAGCAGCAGCAGACGCAACCCGGCGGAGGCGGCGGUGGUGGCGCCAAUAGUGCGGGCACCAAUACGACCGCCACCAAUACGAUUGGACUGAACCACGAUGGCUCCGGGAGCAAUAACAGCCACGAUAGCCUGGCCACCUUGGAGCACGCCACCGGUGGAGCGAGUGGCGUUGGUGGCGGUGGCGGUGGCGGUGGAACGGGUGGUGGCUCCUCGAGCUGGUCGGAAAACCCGUCCACCCAGCACAUGGAGGUCUUCCAGAUCCGCUGCAAAACCACCUGCGCCGAACUAUACCGCAGCAAACUGGGCUCCGGCGGCCGUGGACGCUGCGUCAAGUACAAGGAUAAGUGGCACACGCCCAGUGAAUUCGAGCACGUGUGCGGCCGGGGAUCCAGCAAGGAUUGGAAGCGCUCCAUCAAGUAUGGCGGCAAGUCGCUGCAGUCGCUCAUCGACGAAGGUACGCUCACGCCGCACGCGACCAACUGCAGCUGCACGGUCUGCUGCGACGACGAAGCAGGUGAGUCAGCUUCCGGCCCUGUCCGUCUCUUCACGCCCUACAAGCGGCGGAAGCGGAAUCAAACUGAUCUCGACAUGGAUUCUGGACCCAAGCGCAAGCGAAAUGCCCAUCAUAGUAAUAACAACAACAAUAAUACCAAUAACAACAACACGAGCGGGAGUGGAGCAAACAACUGUGUGGAUGUGACGGCCGCCGCUGUGGCUGCAGCAACAGCCAGCGUGGUGGAUGAGAACAACAUGUUCCUGGCGGAGGAGAACAUCACGUCCAAGGACGAGCCGUGGGCAGCACUUAACGACAGCCUGGACACCUCCACCGAGCUGGUCGACCAGUCGCAGAUGGGCAACACCUACGAACGGGAAACGUUUGUGGUGAACAUCAACGAUGGAUCCUCCAUCGCCGUCCUGGACACCAGUCAAUCGAUGAAGAACAUCGAACACGUCUACUGCACCAUGGUCAAGGCGACCAAUGACUUCAAGCGCCUGCUUAACGACAUGAAGCAAUCUUACGAGCGCCGCCUCGAGGUUCUGCAGAAGGAGCGCGAUGCUGCGGUCAGUGCGAUGCGAGUUCAGGUGCACGCGGACAUCGAUGACCCGAAUAUAUCCGGCUCUCUGCACGGCAACGAGAUCAUUUCGGCCAAGAAGUGCGCCAACUGCAACCGCGAAGCAUUGGCCGAGUGCUCACUGUGCCGGAAGACGCCAUACUGUUCUGAGUUCUGCCAGCGGAAGGAUUGGAAUGCUCACCAGGUGGAGUGCACAAGGAGUCCACAAACGACAACGCAACAGGUCAUGCUGUUGAUCGACGAUCAGUCCUAAGCAACGUAACGAAUUGUACAUACAAAUUUUACUACUAAUUAAUACGAUUAUAAAAAGUUCCCCCUGAAGUCCAUACUGAACGGACUCCCACCCCGAUCCCAGUCCCACUCCAUUGAAUCCCCGUCCCCAUUAGCAAGCCUGCAUCCUCUUAGACUUAUGUCCUACAUUAAUGUAAUUCUUAACGUACAUAUAACUAUAUAAAUAUAUAUACAUUUUACUAUUGAACGUAGGGCAAGCCAGCAAAAAAAAAAACAAAAACAAGCGAAACGAAAAUAAAAUUAAUUAAAAAAAGAGAAAAAUGUAGCAAGCGAAAAUCAAAGCAAGUGCAAAGGCGUAGAGAAUUAAUUAAGCUACGAUUUGAAAGUAAAGAAAACUAAACCGAUUACUUGUAAUUCAAUUUAAAUUAAAUUAAAUUAAUAAUAGUUGCAAAGCGCAUAGCAUAACUAACAAGAGACCCCAAACAUCCAGUCACAGUCACCCAGCUCCCCGCACCCCAUAAAAAAACACACACAAUUGCCCACAGUGAAAAAACAACUAGAGAAAACCUAAGCGAAGAUAAAAAAUUCUGAAACUACCAUACAUAUUCGUCUAUGUAUACACUUUUCAUUAGACUCUAAGCGCAUAGUUAAACUUUUAACAUUUUACCAUUAUAAUUUUAUGGAUACUACUGCCCGUUACAAGCAUCCAAUAAAGAUUUCAAACAAGCAAAAA